AUGAUAGAAAGUGACAUCUCAUCCAUGUCCGGAAUUAUUCGAAACUCGGGGCAACGCUGCCACCCCGCUCCCCAGGAGUACAGGCUCCUGGCCACCACCAGCGAUGAAGACCUUCCCGGGGACCUGCAAUCACUGUCGUGGCUCACGGCUGUGGACGUGCCUCGGCUACAGCAGAUGGCGAGUGGCCGCAUGGACCUGGGCAGCCCCAGUGCGCCCCACCCACACCCAGGCUCCUUGGCUGGGGUGGCAGACCUCCACGCGGGAGCCACCCCAGGCCCCCUGCUUCACGGCCCUGCUGGCAUGGCCCCCCCAGGCGUGCUGGGCCUGGGCCCCCUGGCCGGCCACCGAGCCAGCAUGAACCAGUUCCCUGUGGGGGGCCAGCCCCCCUCCAGCCUGCAGGACCCCCCGCAGAUGUACCCCCCAGCUCCUCAAGCACGGUUCCCACUCCUCCCAGGCGCCCAGCAGGGCCCUCCUGUGGGCCUGUAUGGCUCCCCGUUUGGGGCACGACCUCCCUACCCCCAGCCCCGCAUGGCUGUGCACUCAGCUCAAGAACUGCACCCCAAACACUACCCCAAGCCCAUCUACUCAUACAGCUGUCUGAUCGCCAUGGCCCUGAAGAACAGCAAGACUGGCAGCCUGCCUGUGAGCGAGAUCUACAGCUUCAUGAAGGAGCACUUCCCCUACUUCAAGACGGCGCCCGAUGGCUGGAAGAACUCAGUGCGGCACAACCUGUCCCUGAACAAGUGCUUUGAGAAGGUGGAGAACAAGAUGAGCGGGUCCUCGCGCAAGGGCUGCCUGUGGGCCCUCAACCUGGCGCGCAUCGACAAGAUGGAGGAGGAGAUGCACAAGUGGAAGAGGAAGGACCUCGCUGCCAUCCACCGGAGCAUGGCUAACCCUGAGGAGCUGGACAAGCUGAUCUCAGACCGGCCUGAGAGCUGCCGACGCCCUGGCAAACCGGGGGAGCCCGAGGCCCAUGGCUGCCUGGCCGCCUCCCAGCUGCCUCCCCAGCCGCUGAUGACCCUGUCCCUGCAGUCAGUCCCCCUGCACCACCAGGCCCAGCCGCGGGCUCAGCUGGCCCCAGACUCUCCUGCCCCGGCCCAGACCCCGCCCCUGCACGCCCUGCCGGACCUGAGCCCUGGCCCCCUCCCCCACCCCGCCUUGGGAAGGGCUCCUGUGGACUUCGUCAACAUCAGCACCGACAUGAAUGCCGAGGUGGACGCCCUGGACCCCAGCAUCAUGGACUUUGCUCUGCAGGGGAACCUCUGGGAGGAGAUGAAGGACGAGGGCUUCAGCCUGGACACGCUGGGGGCCUUCGGGGACUCCCCCCUGGGCUGCGAGCUGGGGGCCUCGGGCCUGACCGCCGUCUCUGGCAGCAGCGAUCAGUCCUUCCCAGACUUGCAGGUGACGGGUCUGUACACCGCGUACCCGACCCCGGACAGUGUGGCCGCGUCAGCCGCCACCUCCUCCUCUCAGUACCUGGGGGCCCCAGGGAACAAGCCCAUAGCCCUGCUUUGA